CGCAAAAGCGCCCAAACAUCUGUGGAGGCAGCAGAACCAGGCGACGCUCUCUCCGCUCCACCACGCGCUGGCAGUGCGCAAGAACAACCGCGUGAGACAAAGAGGCUUUUCGGACACCGAGAGAUACCUCAACCCGAGGAACAUGGACCGGACUUACGCAGUGGACACGGGCCACCGACCCGGGCUGAAGAAGUCCAGGAUGUCGUGGCCGUCGUCUUUUCAAGGUCUUCGACGGUAAGUGACAAAACAGCCGAGAUUAUAUCUGAAAUUAAGAUGACCCAGAAGGUAACGUGUUUGUUGAAUAUUCUGUUGUAUGUGAUUAGUUUGAUGCUUGCCAAAGUAAAACAUAAAAUAAAGAUGCUCCAAAUUGCAGAUACAUAAAAUUUGUCCUUGUCUAGAUUCAUGGAAAGGCUCCAUUUCUUCCUAAAAUAAAAAUUUUCAAGAACUUCCAGUUCUUUCAAAGCCUUAAUCUUUAUUCGUCACCAAAUCUACUAGAGCAGGAAAUGAGAUUAUGUGUAUCAGUGGAUUCUUGAAUCUGACGUAGGUUCAGAUGAAUAGCAUCCUUGCUUCACGAUUUCUUCUGUUGCUUUUCGACUCAGAGCGGUGAUAAACCCCUUUACACCCAUUUACACAAUCAUAACCAUAGUGACACAUUGGGAAUAUGUUGUGGUUACAACAAUAACUUCCUCCACCCAUUUUUAAGUUAAUCACCAACUGUAAGGUCGCCCGUUAGUUUAAUGGGCCUAUCAUGGGCAUCGUGUGCUUUCACAUAAUGGUGCUGUUGUAUUUUGCUGCCAAUCUGUUUAUCUAAUCAGAUGCCGAGGGUAGGGGGUCUAUCUCAUUAACUUGCAGAAUAUUGAUUUCCCGUGUCAGGACAAAAGCACGUUGCAGUUGCCUGCUUCUACACUCCCAGAUGGGAGGAAUGCCGGUUGCCUCCCUCGUAGCUCACCAGUCGAUCCCGCCUCAGCUCGCAGUUGUUGUGUUCUGGGGUGUGAGAGUUUGUGUUCCUGCAGUCAUGCCUGGAAGUAAAAAUGGCCACUAAAAAAAAGAUUGACGACUCAAGUGGCAUGUUUCGUGUACAAAGGCUGUUCUACAGCAAAACAGAGAUGGAUGGUGUUGUAGAAGAUUUAGUAGCAGAGUUCGUGCUGUCUUUAGACAGGCUAUCAAUCGUGGCAGAAAGGUCAUAGUAAGGAUGCACCUGUUCUUAACACGUCUGCAGAUGCAGUACAUGUGUAAAAGUUUCAUGCAUUUCCUUUUGUUGAUGAAUUUUUCUAAAUGGUAUCAACAGUAUUUAUAUUUUGACAUAGGUCCUACAUCUGACACUUAACAUUCAACGUUUCCACCAAACGUGCCAAAUCUCAGUUUGAAAAGCAGACUAAAAAAUUUUAUUUAGUUAAAAGCUCCAACAGCACUGAAGGAUCCUGGAUAAACAGCACCUAAAUCUACUUUAUAGCUCCGUGGCGUGCAAGUGUCACAGCUAACGCCCUUCUCACACUUUAUGGACCAUUGAGAUUGAAAUUGUUGCAUUUCUACCUUUCUGCCGCUAAGCGUUGUUGUAGUAAACGUGUGGAAAGUCCUGCUGUUUGUGACAAAUGCGUGGGAGUGGCCUCUGUUGCAAAGAGCACAUAAGUGUGAGUGUGUGCCAAUUACUGCAGUGAGGGAGGGUGGUGUGUUUGUGUGAUGGCAAUGCGUCAUUCUGCGACUUGCAAAAGCCCUGGAGCUCCUCUUCGGUGUCUCCCAUGCUGCUUCUGUUAUGCAACGAAGCUAUUCUCUUGCUCUCUUUCUGUCUCCCUCGCUCUCUUUCUGUUUCUCCUCUCAUCCUUCUCGACUUUUUGUUUUUGUGGAUUUGCUGUCAUUGCACCGUAUAGAUAUUUUUGGUGCGGUUUAAGUGAGAUUUAGUGGGGGAUCAUCUGUGCCAAUGCGGACCUCAGCACUCUAUUCCACCAUGCAGGAAUCUGCAACUCUUAGAAGACACAUUUUAUAUUUAUUUGGACACAUUCACCCAUUGUUUAGCAUUUACUGCAUGCUCCUUUCUGGCUGUACUUUUUCUGCUCAGCAUAGCUGUAUUCUCUCAGUGCCUCCAUCUCCACCCACUCCAUCUCUGCAGUAUACCUUCCUUCUGGUGAAGCAUAUUAGUACUCCCUGUUUGCCAGUCCCUUUAAACAGUGCUACCCUAGAGAGCUACUCCGUUACCACUGGUAGAAAAGAAAAACACAAAAGGAAGAAACGCAGCAUUUGAAGCUUGAAACAGGAUAAAAGAAGGAUUGGAUUGUUGUUGUUUUUAGCACUGAAGAGCUUUUGAUGCUACACCACAACUGGUGCUGAAGCUGGUUCUUAAACAAUAAACAGCCAAUAAACAUUUGGUUUUUCACACCAAUUAAAGGGACUUUACGGAGAUUUGAAUUUUUAUGCUUGCGAUUGCCCCCUCAGGCCAAAAGCAUAACGGCAGCUUCAAUAGUAGGAUCGUGCACGAGGUGCGCAUGCUGUAUGUGCACACUCCUUAAUGAAAAUAACAGCUGAGACAGUCAGCUCCGUGUGUGUGUGUGUGUGUGUGUGUGUGUGUGUGUGUGUGUGUGUGUGUGUGUGUGUGUGUGUGUGUGUGUGUGUGUGUGUGUGUGUGUGUGUGUGUGUGUGUGUGUGUGUGUGUGUGUGUGUGUGUGUGUGCGUGCGUGCGUGCGUGCGUGUGUGUGUGUGUGUGGGUGGCCCGGAGGACAGAGGACAGGAGAACACGCAGCUAAUUAAUUAAAUAAUUUGGUUCUGUACCUUUCUCUUCAGCACAGCCGACAAAGGUUUAUGAUGGGUCAGUCCUCCUGCAUGCUCAGAUCAUUCCCUUCCCUUGCUUGAAAAAUUGUUCCAAAAUGAAAGUUGAACCCACAUCUUUUUUAUCUGUGAAUUCAAUGCCGUUCGGCGAGUCUCAAAUAAAAAUUUGGGCGUCUUACUGUAAAAAAAAUAUACCAUUAAUGUAAAAAAGAAACUAAAUAACCUUUGUUCACAUCCAGAAUCAAACCCACGUCUUCUGCACGAGAGUCCGACGUCUUGCUAGGCGAGCUAACGCACCAGUGACAUCACUUGUAUCUGUACUAUUUAAGAACGGUUCGGAGGGCUAUGCCUGAGCGUGAACGCGCAUGAAGCAGCCUGCUCGACCCGAGCAGCUCUCUUUUUCUGUGAUUUUACAGAAAAACAGGCAAUCACAGUAAAUAUGCCAGGGCUCAUUCUACAGGACCAGGGCAUUGCAGGAGAAUGUAUGAAGAAGAAAUGUAUUAUUUCUAUACAUGUUUUGGCUGUCAAACUUCCAUAAUGCCUCUUUAAAUGUCUCUUCCAGUGAAUGUUUUGUCCUCCAUCUGUUAACGCCUUACAGUGAAGGGAGAGUUUUCAGCACGCAUCACAUGGUUUAUCUUGUUAUUCCUGGAAAUGGAUGUAUUAACAUCAACAGGGCGUUCUAUAAACAGGGAUGCACCGAUCAGGUUUUUUGCUGCCGAUCACCAAUAUCGAUAUCAAACAAUGCUGAUCACCGAUACCGAUCACGUGGAUUUGCCAGAAAUUUUCUACAACAUUAUCAUGAGUGCUACAAACUACAUAAUCUGGGAAUAAAGGAAAUGUAACCUAAUCUAAAAUGGUCUGAUCGGUCUGCUUUGAUCUAUUUUGAAAACUCCGAUCAAAACCGAUAGGGGCGCUAUUGGCCGAUUGGGAUCAAAUGCUGAUCCAUCGGUGCAUCCCUAUUUAUAAACACAGAUUUAAACAACAGUCUGUGUUUGUGAGUGCUGUUUACUGAUCUCAUAGGAUCCAUAAACAAAGCAGGAGGGAUUUUUCAAGUGCUGAUGAUGUUUCAUAAAUGGUAGGGAUGUUCCGGGUCCGAUCACGUGUUUUUAAAAAGGAUCGGAAUCGGGAGAAAUAAAUCGGAUUUAACGUUUUAAAGCAACAAACAUGACUUUUUAAAUUAAUUCUGAGAUGGAGAUUUUCAAGUAGAAUAAAAAUGGCUUAGUUUUAAUUUCAGUAAGUUCCUCUACAUCAGGGGUGUCGAACUCAAAUUCACACUGGGCCAAAAUGAAAAACUGGGACGAAGUCGCCCGCCAAACUCAGGAUUUUUUUUUUAAAAAGUGACUGUAAAUGUGCACAUUUUCCUUUAUGUACAGAUAUGAACGGUGGAACCUUUUCUUUUGGAAACAAACUUAUUUUUGCAGUAACACUGAAUGUGGAAUAACCAAAUUACACACGAGCAAGUCGAUUUUAAAUAAAGCACACAUCAGUGGUAUUCAUUACGUACGUCUCAAUUUUGUUUAAAUAUUUGUAUUCCUUAAAAUCUGCAUAUAUUUAGCAUUUCUUCUUAUUUUUGAAUCUUUUAAGCGUUUCUAUUUUAUGUUUUCUUGUUUAUUCUUUAUUUUUUACUCUCCUUUGUUGCUCCUGUAAUGAACGUUAUUGCUGCUGUGACACCAAGCUUUCCCCACUGAGGGACAAUGAAGGGACUUUCUAUUUUAUUUCUAUUCUGUUCUUCUAUCUGUAAUCUGUCCUGUGGGUGAAAUCUUUUUUCUCAGGCCAACAACAUAAAUGAAAAUGAAAAUGCAAGAUCUCAUCUAUUAACUUUCAUGCUUUGGAGCAGAAAAGGUUAAUAAAAGCAAAAUAAUUCAACCCCAGUUUUCUCUACUCUGAUUUCCUGUGAUGCUCACCUGUUCCGGCCAGACCUGCAUCUGUGGGGUUGGGCUCUGAGCUGAGGAAGGAGUUAAUUGGUGAGAAACAGUUGCUCACACAGGUUUGUGCUGCGGGACAUGGAGAGCAUCUGGACCAUGCAGUUGUGUCGGGGAGGGGGAUAAAGUCGCAGCAGCCAGAGUCAUACUGACUUGAGCGUGUCGCUAAACUGGAGUUACAGUAAGACAUCUCGGUCUGGAAUUUGGUCGGUGCGCUUUCUAUGUCAGCAGCAAACAGAUUACAGAGCUGUUAAAAUCAUCUUAAACGAUCAGUUCUGCACCGAAAUUUUUUUUUCUGAGCCGUGGCAGCGCGAAAAUGACGUCACUCACCUCCGUGAGCUCUGUCCUCAAGACUGCUCUUUCUUCUCUGCUCCACGGACCACAGGCCGCGGUGGAGGAGCAGCUGUUAUCUUUAAAAAACACUUUUCAUGCCAAAUAAUAUCCUCAAGCUCCUACAGCUCAUUUGAGAGGAUCAUGAUUAAAAUUGGUCGAGUUCUACCAGUUUAUGGGAUUCUGGUCUAUCGCCCACCUGGGUCUACUUCAUCCUUCUUGUCUGACUUUCAGGACCUCCUAUCUUCAACUGUUAAACUAGACAGGAUAAUCAUUGUUGGAGAUUUCAACAUCAAUGCUAACAGCUCUACUAGGGAGCUCCUAAACAUGAACUCUUUUAACUUCUCUCAACACGUGUCUGGACCCACUCACAGAGCAGGCCACACCCUGGAUCUGGUCUUGUCUUAUGGACUUUUUGUUGAUAAACUGCAGAUAAAUGAUGCUGUGUGUUCAGUGACCAUAAGUCAGUUUCCUUUCAUAUUAACCUAAAUUCCGGAAAAGUGUGGCUUGCCAACUCCGGGUCGGGAGAGAGGUCCUACCUCAAGUGGAGGAGUUUAAGUAUCUCGGGGUCUUGUUGCACGAGUGAGGGUAGGAGGGAUCGGGAGAUCGACAGGCAGAUUGGUUCGGCGUCUGCAGUGAUGCGGAUGCUGAGCCGAUCUGUCAUGGUGAAGAGGGAGCUGAGCCAGAAAGCCAGGCUCUCGAUUUACCGGUCGAUCUACGUCCCAAUCCUCACCUAUGGUCAUGAGCUUUGGGUACUCUGCGACCUAGUGGCGAGUCAUUGCACUGGGAACACAAUCACCAUGCAUUCUGGGAAAUGUAGUUUAUAGUCAAUGUGCACUUUGAAGCAGCAUAGACUUAUUUUAAGACACUUGAAUCUCGCGGGCCACAUCAAAUAAUGUGGCGGGCCACAUCUGGCCUUCGGACCUUGUGUCUGACACAUGUGCUCUACGUCAUCAAUAUUUGUUUCAAGAAUGAAAACAACACUGUAACGUCACACAAUUUACGGCAGGCAACGACUCAGACACCAAGUGCCGCUGUUAGCAAGCCAGCUAACACAGCGCUAACGUGUCUCCUCAGGAGAGCUGAAAUAUCUGCAGCUUGGUGGUAUUUUAAACCAGACAGCAAAGUCAGAGCUACACACACUUGUAAUGUGUGCAUACUGAGCAUUCAACAUGCUGGAAAGGUUACAGCUCCAUGAUUCGCUGCCUUCAAACAAGCAACUUUCUCUGUCGGCAUUUGGUGUCCGUCAGUUUUUGAGCUCUUGGUAGUGAAAAUCUAAACAUGCAAAGCAACGUCUGCACCCAGAUUAACCCUUUAUAGGGCCGGUACCUGUAAUUGGACACCUUCACUAAAUUCACAAUAAAUUAUGUCAGUGAGCCUUUUCAUGGACUCUUAAUAUUACGAGAUUUCACCCAACCAACCGUCAGACAUCAAGCUAGUUACAGUAAGCGUCAUGACGGCAUUCGACCAAUCAGCAUGGGUCUGUGAUGCGCUAAGUAUUGGCGUGUCUGCAGAAGCGGAAGACUGCCUUCCUGCAGCGCCAUCUCUUUUUGUGUUUACCGUCGGUUCUCUAAAACGAACAAUGGUAAGUUUAUGAAAGUCUCACAUUAUAAGGUUGACUAUUUGUGCCAAAUAAGGGUACAAGUGUUAUAAAAAUCUAAUUCAAAAAAGCUGGUGAAAUCAUACAAAAUCUUAUGUCCUGAACAAGUAAAAUAAAUUCUGUAUAUUUUUAGGUAUAACAUAAUCUUCAUAUUGAUGGUAAAAGUAAUGAAAAAGUUUUAAUAUUCAAGGUGGUGCUCACCCCCUGCCACGUGGACCCAAGGGAUAAACCAUCAGCGCUGCUCAAUGGUCAACGUUCCUCGCGGGGUCACACCCAUUAGGACAGUGGGAGGGUUAACUAAAGGCGAGAGAGGAUAAAUUUAACUCAGGGUGAACCAAAAGCCAAAACAACAAACAAAAAUACCCUUAACUUAAAUAAUCAUCUUACCUACAAAUGAAAUGAAAAGAAAUACAGCCAAACUUACCUCCCUGAUUACAAACACAGGAGAAAACUGGAUGGACAUUUAAAUGGCAGGUUCACCCCUACUUCCCUCAAGGUUAACAUCAGAUCUUUUUACACAACACUCUACACAGGGCACUAAGUGGUUGGUGGCAGGUAGGAUGAGCGGAGACUGAGGAUCAGCUGCAGGUGGUGUUGACGUCCCUCUUAAAGGUCUGCUCCCAUCAAUUAUCCAAUCAGGACACUCCCCAGGCCACUGGUUCACCAAUCAGAUGUGGGCACAUGCACUAAGAAACAUUAUGAACACACAAAGCAUCUCCCUGAAUAAAACAACUUACAGCCCUUGGUCGUAACAAUUAUUCUACAGUGAUGGUGUUCUAAAAUGUACUAGAUUAUUCUAAAAAGUCUUAUAAUGUUCUGUAUUAUUCUUAAUAAAUAUUUAUUUAUCUUGUUCGCGUUUUUUAUUUUGGGAUUUCAUUUACAAGAACAGGGUGUCCAUAUUUGAGCACUUUUUGGUUGUUUUUUUUUUUGCAUGAAAAUCAAAAAUUUUGAAAAUUGUAACAACAAAGAAAAUCUUUGUUAUGUAGCACUAAAACACCCCGGGGUUGGAAUUUCAUGUUUUAAAUUAUUUACAAAAGGUCAACACCGGAAUCCCAUCCCAUUGGUUUAGAUUCUGCUUUCCCCACACACGUUCACUGCUUUCCACUAAUCGGGGAUCUACUGUCAAUAUUAUGCCUGGAUUUGCCCCCCGGGGUGCUUUUCCAUGACAUUUCAAAUGGAAUCCCAUCAGACUGGAACCAGUAACAGAUGAAUCAUGUCCUUUCACUGUAGGGUCUGAACUGCUGCUGUCGCAUUAAUGCAAAUCUGAUCAAUGUCUAAAUGACAAGUCAUUAAUUACCAGCAGACUGAUGGCGCUCUUGUUACAUACAGCGACAUACACACUCUCCCAUACAACAGCUGACUGACGCCUGCAGCUCUCGCUCAGUGGAAGGCUCAGCCACGGUCGUCAGCAGAUUUACAGUCGGAGCGGGUGUUUGUCAGCAUGAAUCCAUCGCUGCUGCGCACAACUUUAUUGACGGCAGUAACCUGACAUUCAAUAGAUCUCUGUGUGGGAAGCUUGCUGUUUUCUUGCACCUCUCAGUUGGAGUCACUUUGCAGGGACAUGUACUAUAGCAGAACGCUUGGAUCCAACUGUUAUUGGAAUGCAAAAAAAAAAAAAAAACAACAACCUGUAAAGGCAUUGUAGGGUUUGUCCAAGUACCUUGAGUUUUUAAACCAGGUUUGGUAAUGCACGUUCUGUACGAAUAACACGAAAAUAGUGCUUUAAUAAGCAUCAUGAAUAAAGUAGCAGUAAAAGGGUUUCAUGUCAUAGCGUGGAUGAUAAACCGAUUAUUACUAAGAUGUUCAGGACUCGGGUGGGGUUCUGUUAGAGCUGCAAAAAUUCCAAAGCCAGCUGAUUCUGUGACCAAGUAAACUUUUGUGCUGACUUGAGUGCUCGUGCCUCUCUUUGUAAAUGCUGAUCCACACAAAUGCAAGGCAAAGGUUAUGAGAAAACCAUUGAUGCACCGUUAUAUGUACAAGGGGCCCACUAAAAUGACCCAUGGGCAUCUGGUGUUCUCCACUCUAAUUUCCCAUCCACUCCCAGUCAGGAUUAGUUGGGUCAAAUUUUGGAUAAUACGGCAUGAUUCCACAUUUCUCAGUUCUUCUGAGUAGUUCUCAUGGGUUCACGUUAUGCCUACUUAGUGGGAAGUUUCUUCUAUGUUGAAUGACAUCAGCGGCCUCAUUAGAAGUGCUCAGCUGGUCGAUCAGCGUGUGAUUUCUAGGAGUUUUCUCUAUGCCUCGGACAACUUGUUAAUAUUUUUGACCAUUAGGUCCUUCCUUAGUUGUUCAAGUGUUUAUGACUUAGUAUAUUAGAAGCUGUGUUUGUGCCACCACAACUAUCUGAUUACUGGGUUGCACAAUGCUGACAACAAAUAGUGAACAACAUUCACAGAUAAGUUCAGAUCAGGCCAGAGAGGAAGUCAAACACGGGAACGGUGCAAAACAUCCUGCAGCUUUCAAAAUAAAAGACAACACAUGCAGAUAUACUUGGCUAUUAAAUUACAAAAACAUUAUUAAUUCAAUUCAAUUCAAUUUAUUUAUAGAGCGCCAAGUUACGACAGGAGUCGUCUCAAGGCACUUCACAUAAUAAACAUUCCAAUUCAGGUCAGUUCAUUAAGCCAAUCAGAAAUAAUGUUUCCUAUAUAAGGAACCCAGCAAAUUGCAUCAAGUCACUGACACUAGUCAGUGACUUUACAGCAAUCCUCAUACUAAGCAAGCAUAAAGCGACAGUGGAGAGGAAAACUCCCUUUUAACAGGAAGAAACCUCCAGAGAAUCCUGGCUCAGUAUAAGCAGCCAUCCUCCACGACUCACUGGGGAUCGAGAAGACAGAGCGCACGCGCGCGCACACACACACACACACACACACACAGACACACGCACGCACGCACGCACGCACACACACACACACACACACAGACACGCGCACGCACGCACACACACACACACACAAAGACAAAGUAAUGUGUCUAUAGUUAUAAUGUGAUUUCUUAGUAAAUAUCCUAUUUGGUGAAAAAUAAACUUUAUUGUAUUUAUCCUAGUGGAUCUAUAAUUAAACGGAUAAACUAGUAUUAGCACAUCCAACGUCAAGGAAACAAAAAGUUAUUAUCAGGAGAGGGAGAAUGUUUAAGUGGUUAGCAGCAGUGUGUUAGACAAUGGCCCCCUCCAUGAGGCCACCACAGCUCAGCAGAACAUCGUUGUAGCUUCUUCUGGGGAGAAAAACACUUAAGCCCCCUUCAGACAGGCCAUGAAAAACGGAAAUGUUCCGGACUCUGUCCGUAAGACCUUUGUGUCUGAAUACAAACAUCCGGAUAACGUUUUCCGUAAUUAAACCGGACGAAGCCCCUAGUAACAGGUCCGGACUUGUUACGGACAAGGUGGCUGCUUCAGACUGGUGAGGUCGAGUUCCGGACAGGGAGGAGGGGGAGGAUGAGGGGACCGGGGGACGCUGUGCGCACCUAGAUAGCUCGCUGCUGUAGCAUGCAGCGAACCAUGGCAGCUCGCCUUCUACGGUACCGUCUCCUAGACGCGUGACGAAGCGCAUCACACCGCUUCCGAGAUUCCUUUAACCAUUGAGCUUCAUCAUCCAGGUCUCUUAUGCAUCUUCGUGUGCGCAGAAUUACAGACCCCCGUCUGACAUCUGGAACUAUUCCUUUAUGUGUGAACGCAGCCGAAAGGACAAGUUCCGGUACAAAAGUGGUGUGUCUGAAAACACAGUUCCUGUUAAAAACCGUAUUGAAUUGUCCACACAUAUUCCAGAAUGUCUAUCUGAAAAGGUUUUUAGAGAAAAAAUAAAGUUAACAGCUGAAAUUGCAGAAAAUAAUACAGUUAAAGAGCAGAUUACAUGUGAAACCUUUGUGGCUGAGGUAAAAAUAACACAAAAUACAACACAGACCUCUUGGAUCGUCUUUCUCCUUGCUUGUUAUUGGCGUUAACUGCCAAAAUCCCAUGUGAUUUUGCAAUUCUCAUGUGAUCUCACAAGACAAGCUGCAUGGAAUGCUUUCACUGUUGAUUUGCAUCUGGUGGAAAGCCCAGGUUAGUGUAGAUUGUAAACAAAUUUAGACAGAGUUUAGAUACUUUGUAACUAAAUUGUGGAUUAGAAAUCCGAUCACGUGGCAUUUAGAAUGAUUUUCAUAUGCGUAACUUGACUUGACCACGUCUGAGAGGUUUUGCACAAGUGUCGUGUCAGUUUGGAGUGAUUCCAAGUCAGAAUAUGUAGUUUAACGUAAUUAAGUCAUUGCAGGCUUCAUGCAACACAUAAAAACAACUAACUUUUAUAUCUGUAAAAAAAUGACUUUUAAGUUUUUCUUAGAAAUACUAAAAAUCUGUGUGUGAGCUACAGUUAUUGCAGGUUAUGAGGAAAAAAAAGGUCCUAUUACUCUAGAUUACAUAAUGAUUCCCAAGAUGCACUGAAGCGCCGCAGAGCAUAUUUGAGUGGGGAAUUUUCUUCAACAGUCUCCUCAGUUUCAGGGUGAAUACCCACCCGUGCAACUUCUUGCACAGAGAAGAUGUCUUCUCUCAUUUUUCACCCCUGUUGCAUCAGAAAAUAUGCUUCUGUCAUAGUUUCUUGUAAAUUUAAUGUAGCAGAUGUUUCACAGCUCCAGAUAGUGCUAGGUUGUUGUGUCUGUCCUCGCUGCCUGCAGGCGUUUCAAGCACACAGGUGCAAAGAAGGGAACAUUCAUAUAUUUACCACAUUGUAGUGAACACACACAUGCUGCUACAUAUGAGGUUUAACCACAGGAUUUGCUAAAUAAAAAGCCACAGAGGUGUUUCAGGAACUAGCCUUUAGCCAGAUGAGUGGGGAGCUGAAGACGGCAGGAUCUGAAGUCUAAUUUCCUGAUAUUCAAACUCUGACUGGCUAACAGCAACAUAACUUACUCCAUUUGCUUAGCAAAGUUGGUGUUUUAUCGCCACAAAAACACAAGCCUGAAGGAAUUCUGCUGUGUGGCGGAGUAGUUAAUGCUAAUGGUUAGCUUCUACGAGCUGAGAGGUGCUCUACUCUCCCCUGGAUACUAGAUCAACAAUGGCCUUCCCCUUCAUGAGUCAAAAUGGGUGGUACAUGUAUGCUAAACUUUAGUGUGAUGUAGAUCUGACUGGCUUUUCUGACCCGAGCGUUUCCCCGUCUGUUUCCUAUUGGCAGCUAAUGCAGGAAAUAGAGGUAGAAGAGGAGGGGCCCCAGGACAGAGCCCUGGGGCACACCUGACUUGACUGGUGAGGGUUUUGAGGAAAAGGAUUUUAAAUGGAUGAACUGAUCAUAUUUAAAAAAUAACAAGAUAAUACUGUUUCUCAGUGAAUUUGCGCUCUAAAUGUUUUUUUCAUCAUCAUUAUCAGUAUUAUUAUUAUUAUAUAUUUAAAGGGGCAUUAUGGAAGUUUGAUAGCCAAAACAUGUAUAGAAAUAAUAAAUGUCUUCUUCAUACAUUCUCCUGCAAUGCCCUGGUCCUGUAGAAUGAGCCCUGGCAUUUUUAUUGUGAUUGCCUGUUUUUCUGUAAAAUCGCAGAAAAAGAGAGAUGCUGACGGGGGUCAGCUUCACAGAGCUUCGUCUGUUAUUUUCGUUAAGGAGUGUGCACGUACAGCAUGCGCUCCUCGUGCACGAGCCUCCUAUUGAAGCUGCCGUUACGCUUUUGGCCAGAGGGGGAAAUCGCGAACAUAAAAAUUCAAAACUCCCUAAAUUCCCUUUAAAAUAGUUUUUUUUAUUUUCUUAACUUUUUUUUAAUUAACUUUUAAAUUGACCCCUGUUUUUUUAUUUAUUGAUUUUUAUUCAUCUGAUGUCUAUGUUUUCCAGAGAUAUCACUAAAGUAAAGCCUCCACGUUGCUGCUUUAUGUGCUAAAUUCUGUGAUUCCAUGUUUUUCCACUCUGUGGAAAUUACAGAGCCCUGAACCUGAAGCAAUCACGCUCCUACCCAGGGUUUCUUACAUGCUGACAGGUUUCAUGUGGUGAUUUUGAAGUUUAAAGUUUGACUUUUAAAUGUCAUGACAACAGACAAGGGCAGCCUGGUCACUGCUGUCUGCUUCUGAACCCUCAUCCACUCAGACACACAAAACAAAAACUACAUUCUGUUAACACCAACUGUUUGUAAGUGGUAUAAUGUCCUAAAAAACACUAAAGUUACACCUAUUCUUUUCAGAGAAGAAUGUUUUUUCUCGUACACACACACAAAAAAAAGUUCAAAUAUCUCAUUUUUGAAUAUCGGAUUUAUUCUACGGGAUUAAAAUCACAAACCCGCUCCUGAUUCUGAACGUCAAUUUUCCAGUUUAAUUCACAAAGAUUCAUCAUUCUGACAGGCGUUUUGUCCAAAGUACAUUUGUUCUGACUUUUAAAUUAAAAGCCUGAUGGACACUCUGAUCCAUUUAUCUUGACAGAAACGCUUUGUACUCAAUAUGGCGGCCUCACAUGGAAUAUUUCAAUUACAGAUUUUCUGAAAUGCUAAAAAACAUUAUCCAAUUUUCCCCCCAAAAAUAAAAUAAACUAAGUUUCACUUAUCAAAGGAAUGUAAUCCAAUCAAUUUUCAGCUGGACGAACUUCAAAUACAAUUUCACGAGGGUAAACAGAAUGUGCAAUGUUCAGUUAUUUUUAUUUCAAAACUCUGACGCAGUCUUGUUCAAAUAUUUAAACCAAACAGACGUUUCUAAUUAGUCAUGUAUUGACUCUAAUCAGUAAACAAGAAAAAACCUGUAAGGAUGCAGCUCAGAUCUGUCUAAACUCCAAGAAAGCACGGACAGUCACUAUUUAAAAAUAGACUGUGUGCACUUUUAACUAGGGAUGGGUACCUAUGACAUUUGAAUCGAUCCGGUACUAAUUCCCGGUACCUAGGAAUCGAUAUCGGUACUUAACGGUACCAAUUUUCGAUACUUUUGAGUGUUUAAUAUUUUUAAUUCUCUUUUAUAAUUAAAUAUAUAUUUUUGUCAAUAUAUAACCAUAUUUGAUAAAUAUCACGAUAAAUAACAUACAACUGUUUGUAUUUUAACAUCGUCCUUGUAGUUUUAUAAGCUGAUAAUUAAACUGAAGCAAACAUCUUUACUGUGAACUAAAUUUACUGUGUAUCUUCAUUCCUUUUACUGUCUUUUUUCAAUUGAAUUUUCCUACUGGGAAGUUAGAAUUUCCGAGGAGAAAGCGAACGCACCAUUAGCUGAUAACAAUGGUGGAAUAGGAAGCCAACAUAUCAAGCUAACAUAAUCUUAAACAUUUUAUUUACCUACCGGAGCAGAUUAAGAUGAGGAUGUCUCACGUAGAUCGUUGUCGCUGGUUUCAUCAUCACCCAGUUACCCAUCACAUUUAGUGAAGAGGACCCAAGCUUUAGCGUGCGUUCUUUCUACCAUGCUGCUCUGUUUACAACUCACUCGCAGCGACCGACGACAUAACGCUCUUGCGCAUGCACAGCUGUUUAGGCAAGUUCUCGUUGUGAAGGACGGGUACCGAAACGAGGCACCGUUUCAAAUGGUGAAUCGGUGCUCGGUCGGUACUAUGGAAUUCGGUCGGUACCUUAAAAAGUACCGAAUUCGGUACCCAUUCCUACUUUUAACCACAUUAAUGUUAAAUUUGAAUUAAACCAGUACUUGAAGAAGGAGGGAGAUCUAUUCACUUGAUAAGAAGACUCUUGUUGUGGAUGUGGGCUUUUCAGAGUUCAACCAUAUGAAAUGCAAAAUGAAGAAUGAAAUGUCAGUCCUUCCAAAACUCACCACUUUCCUCAGCUUAGUCAUAUUAGAAUGAAAUAAGCCAAUUAAUUAUGCUGCAACACAUUUUUUAGUACUGUACAUAAAUAAGUUGCUCCUUGCUGAAUUCAUUAAUACACGCAAUGCAAAAAAAGCCAUUAACCAGUCGGAUCUGAAGAUGUAAACGUAGGUUAUUGACUCACAAACACAAAAUGAUUGCAUUUUUUAAAUGAACAGACACCAACAUAUGUUUGUCACAACUGUCAGUGGGAUUUGCAGAAAAAAAUGUGUUCAAUACGGCUGCACAAUAUAUCGUAAAUAUAUCGUUAUCGUGAUAUCAGCAUGCACAAUAUGCAUAUCGCAAAGAACAGAUAAAUAUCGCAAUGAAUGGUCAGCUCAAAUGUUUGCUACACAUAACGCAUUCUGUCGAUCAAAUGGAAGCAUGAUGUUUUUUUUAACGACUAAAUAGAGCUCUUCACCCAUUUGGCCAACUGGGUGGGUUCUUAUAGGUUAGAUGCCCGCUCCCGAGGCAGAUGGCACUUAAUUUUGAUGGUUAGCAAACACCUGAGUGAGCUUUGUUCUGCUCUUUCUGCUGAUUCUGCUUUUCCCUGGAUCCACUGAUUGCCUUUGUUCAUUUUCUUUUUCCCUUUCCUCGCAUCUUUUGCGUUUCUCAUUUUUAUGAUUUUUUUAUUUCUUUGUUUUGAUUAUUUUUCUUCCGGAGUUAAGUUGUUAUUUAUCGCAAGUAAUAUCGUCAUCGCAAUAUUAAUCAUUGUUAUCGAGCAUUGCAGGUUUUCCUAAUAUCGUGCAGCCCUAGUGUUCAACAAGACAAUUUCUAACCUUGCAUGCUAACAAUGCUGCAAAUGACAAAUUAAUAUUCACUAGUUCAAUUAGCUUCACUUCAGCUGCUUCAAAUAAAUAAAAAAAAGACAUAAAAAACCAGCUACAGCAUGAGAGAAGAAUCUUUUUCAGGGCUUGAUUUUACAUAAUUUUGAAAAGAAAUGAUUGCCAACAUUUACAUUUAAAUUAUUGUGGUUUUUGAUACAACUUUAAAACCGUGCUAUGUGGAAUGUGUAGUAAUUAGUGUGUAUUCCCUAGAGGGAUUUGUCUGGAUCUAUGCAUUUGUUUUUGCUUGUGAAAAUACUUUUGUUGGGUUUUGAAUUUACUUUCAAAAAGAAAAAUACAUUUUGUUGCGUGUCAGAAAUACUGAAAUAGCUCAAACAUGAGAUCCUGGCAAUACAAAAUACUGUAUUUAGAUGAAAGAAUACAAACUAUCUUAAAAUGUAAUUCGGAGUUGUCUUAGCAUAAAAUAAUUCAUUACGGCUAGUGUAGCUGUCUGUUUUUAUAUCCCGGUCCUUAUUCUGUCCCGGUAUGAGACCCAGCUCAAGCUCUCUAAAACAUAUUUUAUUUACUUUUACUAGCUGUGGUGAUUACUCUUCCUUUUUGUUUGUUUUGUUUUGCCAUACUCCAGCUGAAGUGGGAGGCAAUUUUCUAAAUAUUUGGGAUGCUGUGUGUAUUUGCAGAGCGAACAAGCCCUACUCACAGUAGGAUCAUUUUACAUCCUGUGAGCCUCCCUCUAACUUGUAAUUACUUCAGCAGGUUAAUGUCACGCAAUUCCCUCUCAGUGCUCCCUCUUACAUGCUGCUCCUUUAUAAGUCACACUCUUUCAUAGGAUUUAGGUCAGCUUGCGAAAAAGGAAGCGUUUUGUGAACAUAGUCACACACAUUCAAGUCAACUGGCGCUUGAAUUUUUAUUUGUGGCUUUCUAGAAAAUAGAUGUAGAUAUACGUCCUGUGUCUUAGCUUUUCUCCAUUUUUGAAAAGCGAAGCCACCAUAUUGGAUUUACAUUUUAUGUUUUAGGAUUCUACAUACUAAAAAUGUGGAGCUAAAAGUGUAAGUCACUCUGCCAUCAAUCGGGGCGUUGUCUUAACAUUAAAUAAUUCAAUAUUUUAAGGCAAAAAUAUAUUUCAACAGACAGCAGCAAUGCAAGAUCUAUGUCAACAGGAGAAUAAAUAUGAUCUGAGUUAUGUUUUUAAUUGUCUUCAGUCAAGAAAAGUAUACUGUUUGUUUACGGGAAGGGGGUGGGACUUAAAACCUAUACUGGAUCCAGCCACUAGGGGGUUCUCGUUUUACCUGCUUCAGCGUCCGGGUUCCAGUCGAUUGUAUAGCCAAUAAAAGCAGACCAAGAAGUUGAUGUCAAAUGUGGUAUGAAUGCGGACUUAAAUUUUUAUUUUGGAGUAAGACCUUACCAGUGGAUGCCCAUUAGGGUCAAAAAGCCCUGGGGAGUGCAAACUUCAGCAAAAUAACGAGCACAUCAGACCCCCUUUAUCACUGGCAGCAAGUGAAGAUGUAAAUGUGUAAAACCACAACAUUUAAUAAUGGCAAACGUUUUGUGGCAGUUUGUUACAAAUCUGUACAUGGAUCUUGUCCUCAUGGGCUCCCGUAGAAUGGAAUGUGGCAUCUAAUACCCUUUUUUUCAUAAGAAAAACGAGACGCUGAUGAGCUCAAAAUAGCUCUUUGGUGACUAAAACAUGACGAGAAGAACGGGGGUUUUCGUUAACGAGCCGAGACUAAACGAAAACUAAGCUCAAAAUGCACAUUUCUGCCUGUCUCACCAAAAUUAAAAGUAACAACACUGCUGCUGUCUGUGUCUCAGCUGAAGUGGAAUCUGCUCAACAGACCAUCCUCAGCAAGUAGUGAAGUUAGCUCCCUACCCACACCAGAAAGCCCUAACCACUCUUAUUUGAGUGGAUUUCAGGUGUGGGUUGGAAGCCAACUUCAGCUUGGCUUAGCGCUUCCCUGCCGUAGGAACCAGCCGCUCAUUGACGCUACCACGAGCGACGACGUUGCUACUUUUAAACACGUCCGUACUAUUAACACGCUUCUUAUCCACGUGCUUCCUGAAAAAGUCAUAUUUUUGGGCAGAUAAAUGAAAUAAAUGACGGUUUUUAACAGGUUUUAUCUAAGACUAAUGUUUUAAAGUCAGUGUGUCAGGAUUAUUGUCUCUGCUCUCUGGUUCCCAAUAACAGGUUACAUUCCUGCUUUUUAACCCAGCAGCACAACAAUUUAAAUGUUUAUGAGUAUUGUCGUUGAUGCUCAAGUGCAGAACUGGGUUAUUUAUAUUAAUUCUGUAGGCUCAUGAAAACUCACAACACUCUAGUUCUUUGGAAAAACAUUACUGACACUAAGAUGGAGGUCUGGUAACUCACAUAAUGAAUUAAACAAACUCAUUUCUUUAUUUCUAUAUAAUAUUGUGUAGAAUACUCUAUGUGCUCCCCAAGAGUCCAUUCUGUUAAAGAAAGAAAAUAAUACUUUUCUUUUGUAGAAAUCUACAGAAUGAUACACAGAUCUGCAUCAAUAAAUGAUAUACAUUAUUUUGAUUAUCAAUGAAGUAAAAAAAAUGAUACCAGUCUGGGGAUUAUUGUUUUACAAAAUCUGGGGCAGAUGAGAUUGUGCCCCAUAGCCAUAAAAUAAAUGAUGGUGGCAUGAAACUCACUCCAGUAGCUCAGAGUACAUGUCUGAGAAUAAUACUUUGUUUAAUGUUUUGUAAAAUUCUAAACAAAAAUCUAUGUCAAUUAAAACCGACUGAACACUUUAAAGAUUUAGUCAACUAAAACUGACUGAGACGAAAAUGCAUUUUUGUCGUUAAGAAUAAGACUAAAACCAAGAUGGCCACCAAAAACAACACUGCAUCUAAUAUGGUGUUGUCCAGAGACUUGGACCCACUCCCGUGUAUUUUAGACCUGAUUUUUAUGGUUAUAUGUUAGGAAGCCACCAAUAUUUUCCAGCAACUGGACACCAUUUAAUUAUUUUUCCGCAACAGUUUAAUGGAUAUUUCCAGAAAUGAAUGGUAAAAACUACACAUUGUCUCUUUAAUCAUCAAAAUUCUGUCAAAUGAUUGUUCUUUUGUUUUUGUAAUUCAUUGCCAACAUUCAUCUGUUCUCAGCAGCCACUGUUUUAUGUUUUGAGUUUACAUUUACAUCAUCAAAUGCACAUAGUGACAUGACUACAAAUGCAUUUGCAUACGGUGAAAACAUUAUAAAUUUAUUGUGCAAUUCCACUCGUCUGUGACAUAGUUUCUUGUGUGUUGAUGUCAACUAAAAGCAAGUUUAUAUGGUAUUGGAUAUCUGAGAGUAUCAGAUGUUUCUCAGAAUCAAUUUAAAUCUCUUUCCUGCAAGUCUAAAAUUGCUUCUAAUAUGAUUUCUCUGUAAGAAGAAAUUAAAUUUGCAUGGUGAAAUUUAGUGAGAGAUAGUUUUAUUAGAUUCCUUUUCAUAUGUGACUUCGAAAAUUAAUUGCUAGGAAACAGCAAAGACAUUGUUUAGCUCUCUGAAUAUUCAUUCGUCAGCUAAUUUAAAACAAAUGAUGAAAACUUGCAACAACCAGUCAACCAAGAGCUGUUCUUAGUGCAGAUUUUCUUUGUUCAUUAGGCACAGUCUGCUUUGCUCUAAGCCUACAAUUAUCAGUGUAUAACCAGAGGUCAUCACUGGGCCAUAUUAUUCUUCAGAGGAACAGCUAAUAACACCUGAACAGCCAUUCGGUCCAGGGAGUACUGUGAUUAAGGUUCGGACUAGUCAGACGGUCCGGGGGGAGCCAGUCAAGCCGUUUGGCUGCUACAGUGGCACGAUGUUGGUGCAAUGCAGGAGAAGUCUAUUUUUGGAGUGGUUGAGCAACAGAGCUGACAGCGUGGUUAGACACUGAGGUGUGAAGGUUUGGUUACGAGGAUAGAUGUCAAGAGUAGAAGUAACACACAUACUGAAUAUUCUCCAACACACACAGACUGUUUAUGUACAGUGACUUCUCUUCUUUUGGCUAAAGGCAGAACCUGAAAUAUGAUAUUUGAAAGCUACAAAGGUACCAACAUGAAAAUUGAUCCAACUGUUUUAUGUAAUAGUCUAGUCGGCUGGACUGGUGUAAUGGUCUCCUAACUGGUCUUUCCAAAAAGGCUGCGAAGCAACUGCAGCUUGUUCAGAAUGCUGCUGCUAGAGUCUUAACAAGAACUAAGAGAACGGAGCACACCACUCCUGUUCUUAGUUCUCUACACUGGUUUCCAGUAAACUACAGAACAGACUUCAAAGUGCUCCUACUAGUUUAUAAAUCACUCAAUGACACGGGGCCAAAAUACUACAUGUCAGAUCUCAUUCCUGUAUGUACACCCACACCUGAGAUCCCUUGGAAACAAUCAGCUGGUAGAACCACGGGUCGGAACAAACAAGAUGGAGGUGAUUUUAGUUACUAUGCUGCUCACAUAUGGAAUCAGCUUCCCCUUGACCUCAGAUCUGCCCCAAACAAAAAAAAAACUCAUUUUAAAUUUUAAAAGCAAUGUUUCUUACGUUACAUUAUCUCCACUGCAAUCUGUGCUGUAACGUUGUCUUCUCCUGUAGCUCUAAACUGUAAUUCUAUCCGUGUGUAUUUAAAUUUGUGUUUUUAUGUUGUUUUCAUAUCAUGUCCUGAUAAUUGUAAAGCACAUUGAAGUGCCUCUGUGUCGGAAAUGUGCUCUAUAAAUAAAGCUGCCUUGCCUUUUUUUUAAUUCAAAGCUGUUGUAAAAAUAUAAACCAUGUGGUUAAUGAGAACAAGACCAAUAAUUCUAAAUCUGAUAUUCUGACUGAGAUGCCAACCCUAAAUUUGAAUAUGUUCUAUUGCAUUAGUGCAUAAUAAUUAACAGCUAAAUAGACAUCUAAUUUGAGACGUGGCGCCCCUUUUGGGUGGGCAUAGAUUUUUCCAGAGAUUACUGAUAAAAACUACACAUUUUCUCUUUAAAGGGACUUUACAGAGUUUAGAAUUUUUAUUAACCCCUCAGGCCAAAACCGUAACGGCAGCUUCAACAGUAGGCUCGUGCACGAGGUACGCAUACUGUACGUGCACACUCCUUAACGAAAAUAACAGCUGAGACAGUGUGUGUGUGUGUGUGUGUGUGUGUGUGUGUGUGUGUGUGUGUGUGUGUGUGUGUGUGUGUGUGUGUGUGUCUGUGUGUGUGGCCCAGAAGAGAGAGGACAGGAGAACGCGCAGCCAAUUAAUUAAAUUAUGUGGUUCUGUACCUUUCUCUUCAGCACAGCCGACAAAGGUUUAUGAUGGGUCAGUCCUCCUGCAUGCUCAGAUCAUUCCCUUCCCUUGCUUGAAAAAUUGUUCCAAAAGGAAAGUUGAACCCACAUCUUUUUUAUCUGUGAAUUCAAUGCCGUUCGGCGAGUCUCAAAUAAAAAUUUGGGCGUCUUACUGUAAAAAAAUAUACCAUUAAUGUAAAAAAGAAACUAAAUAAACUAUGUUCACAUCCAGAAUUGAACCCAGGUGUUCUGCAUGGGAGUCAUACAUCUUACAAGGUGAGCUAAACUCCAGUAGCAUUCACAGUAUCUGUAACUUUUAUAUCCUUGAUGACACCUGAAACAACGUCAAACCAAAGAACGGUUCGAAGCAAAAAUGUCGAUUUUGUUGCUAAUUUGCAGGAAAUAUCUAGAAGAAAGUUCUACAGAAAGUAGCUAAGGGUCCUCAGAAAUGUAGCUAAGUUCGUCACUAGGCGUUAGGAACAGCGACAAAGUCGCUGAGUUGGCACUGCCUCUCUCUCUGCUGCUAAAGCUACGGAUAGCAAAUGCUACGGGCUAUGCCUGAGCGUGAACGCGCAUGAAGCAGCCUGCUCGACCCGAGCAGCUCUUUUUCUGUGAUUUUGCAGAGAAACAAUCUCAGUAAAAAUGCCAGGGCUCAUUCUACAGGACCAGGGCAUUGUAAGAGAAUGUAUGAAGAAGAAAUGUAUUGCUUCUAUACAUGUUUUGGCUGUCAAACUUCCAUAAUGCCCCUUCAAAGCUAAUAGAAAAUGUAUUAAAAAACAAAAAAAGGCUCACCUUUUAUAAAAAUCCCAAUGUUUCUUGUAGAUAUUUCUGUUGAAACAGCAAUAUGCAAAUUAAAGUCUUUUAAAAUGGUUAAACGAUAACAUUUAAACCAAUAACUGAACUUUAGUCAUUGAUUUCUGAAAUGUUUUAUUCCUCAAAUUUGAGGUAAAUGUGUUGGAUGCUUUUGUUUUUAAAGAAAAAGAAAAAAGAAGCAAUGCAAUGCAUAGCUGCAGGCUAAAGUCUCCCAGAGUUACCACACGGAACAAUUUGGUGUGCCACCCCAACAUUUUCACUGCCCCUGGGGGCGCCACUGAAACUGAGUUUUAGUUGCCACCAGAAGAGCUCUGUGGCAGGGAUGAGUUGGAAGAAAAGAAUGGAAAGUGGAUUGAACCUGACAAGUGAGCAGUGGAAUUUUUAUGACACUAUAACUAGUUCACGCUCAGAAUCUCGAACUUCCAAACACUCACACAGGGUGAGCGGUUGAGCUUAAUUUGACGGACGCAGUACAAAGCUCUUAUUGAAGAGAGCUGUGCAGCUUUUACGCUCCAAUGGCAGCUGAUCUGAAGCACAAUGCUGGCAAUUGACAAAGCACUUGAUAAUCAUUGUCAUGUUUAGCUGCAGUCGCGCAUUCACAUGUCUGGCGGUUUGUGGAUGAAGACAAAGGUUACCGUGUGACCCCAUUCACAGGGAUUGUUGUCACUAAGUCAAUGAGGCUGAACAAAAUUUCUCACAAAUGCUUCACUGGGUAAGAUCUAAACACAUGUUCUGCUAUGUUUACUAGAACCAAAACAAUCUGAGGUUUGAAGAAUCUCAUUUUGAGCAGAUAGCAUACUGUAUCUGCACAAAACCUGAGAGGGACACUAAACUUAAAGAUGCAUAAGUUUAGAACAACAUUAAAACAGAUGUGCGUCACAAUAAUAGGGGUUAAAUUAUGGAACAAUUUAGAAGAAGAAAUCAAAGUAAGUACAAAUAUAAAUGUGUUUAAAAUGAAUUAUAAAAAACACAUUCUGAACAAGUAUAUAGUGGAAAAUCGAUGAUUUAUGUGGGUGUCCUUUAUUCUAAGGAAAAGUAAAUUGUAUCAAUUGUAAAAAGAUGUGUUUUUUUGUCUUUUUUGGGUUUUUUUUCCAUAUGGUUUGGUGGUUUUUGGUUUUUUUGGUGACUUGUACCAUUUUGUUUGUUUUAAUGUAGGUUUUGUGUUAGAUUUAGUAAACAAGUAAAAAUUACUUGUAUAAAGGGGUAGGGACAUAUAAGUUUCCACUUCAGCCUACUCCUUUUCAAACAGAGAAGAAAGGAUGAUAAUAUGUAUUUUUUCUGUUUGUGGUAUUUAAAAAAAAUUAUGUAUGUUUUCUUUGUUUGAAAUAAACUAAACUAAUUAAAAACAUCCACUGGGGUAAAUAAAUACAAGGAUUAUAGUUUUAAUACAGUAUAGUGUUUGCUGUUAUUGCAACGUUUAUCUUCUUAGAACUUCAACUUCUUGGAUUUGUUUAUGAAAAAAUAACACCUGGAAGUCUCUGAAGCAUUCAGUUAUUAUUUAUUUUUUCAGCACUAAAAACUCAAAACAAAACAGCUCAGUGACCUAGUGGUAGAGCGUCCGCCCUGAGACUGGGAGAUCGGGGUUUGAUUCCUGGUCGGGUCAUACCAAAGACUUUGAAAAAAUGGGACCCAACGCCUCCCUGCUUGACACUCAGCAUUAAGGGGUUGGAUUGGGGGGUUAAACCACCAAAUGGUUCCCGAGCGCGGCCGUGUCUGCAGCUCACCGCUCCCCCAGGGGAUGGGUCAAAUUCGGAGAACAAAUUUCGCACACACAUCGGUGUGUGUGACAACUGAUGGGACUUUAACUUUAACUUUUCAGUUUCUGGCUUUGUUAUUUGUGUCAACACGACUUUGAAUGAUGUGACGCCAGUCUGAGAUUCCAGUCAUCGAGUCUUGAACUCUGUAAUUAUGUCUAGAAAAGCAGGAAUGCCUUGUGCCUGAAGAAUUUGGCAAAACCUACAACAUGCGGCUCAUCUAUUCUCUACAAAUAUACAUGUACAUUGUUAAUCAGAAGUGAUGCAUGUGCAACUAAGCGUGAUUCCUACAGAAAAUGUGCACAGUGUUUAGCAAUUUUGUGUCUCCCAACUUGUCUUCAACAGUCAGCCCAGUGAGUUCUUGUUUUAGGCAACCUUUAAGUCCAUGGCAAGGCAAAGCAGCCUUAUUUGUAUGUAACAUUUCACACAAAGAGACAAUUCAACGUGCUUUCCUUUAGCGAGAAUAUUGUGAACAUUAAAAUCAACGUGACCGCACAAAUUAAAUACACAAAACAUUUAGAUUAAUACAUUUCAGAUUAAGGUUCAGAAAAAAGUCAAAGUUAAAGGGUGAGCAGUUACAGCACAGAAGGACAGGCAUGAGAAUCAUUCAUUCAAAGGCUGAUGAAUACAUGAAAGUUUUCAAUUUUGAUUUAAAAGUGAUGAGAGUUGAGGAAGAUUAGAGUUCAUCAUGAAGCUGAUUCUAUCUGUGUGCAGCAUAGUGGCUAAACACAGCUUCACCAUGUUUGGCUCUGACCAGGGAUUCUACCUAGGGCUUUAGCGAAGCCUCGAUGACGUCGGCGGCUUGAUUCUAAAAAUUCGUCGACGUCAGAUCCGGAAGUCGACGCACCACGCCCACUUGUUGCAUCCCCAGGAGUUUGUAAAUAGAGGAGGAAUCUGCCUGUUUUUCCUCUAGUUCGCCCUCUUCUCCACCUUCACUAACAUCUCCACCAAAUACCGAAGAACCGGAACAAUGUCCGUCCACUACUAGAUUCCUUUCCUGUUUUGCCCGCCUUCGUCUCCCGGCAACGGACAACAACUUCCGGGGUCAGAUGCGCUGCUUCGUCUCUACCGCAGAUGUAGAAAAUCACCGGGAGCGUUUCUCCCUUCAUAAAGGAGCUUCUAUCAGACAUUAGGAGAGCCUGAAGAAGCCGGCAGCUGUCGGCGAAACCAUAGCUAAAAACAGGUAAACAAAAUUAGGAGAGCUGUUUUUGUGGUAGCAGUCUCUCCUCCGUGCUGGUCGGUGUGCUGCUGGGUGUUUUUGGUUUAUUUAAACUUGGUAACCUGAACUUAGCGUUGGUAAAGCUACUGUUAGCAUCUUCGCUAACAGCUUCUUGCGUUUGGAUAAGCUGUUACGUUUUGGUUUAGAGUUCAUCUUUUUUGUGGUGCAGAUCUCCCUUUUAUUACAUUUAGAGUGUCGUGGGUUUUCGGUUUAGUUUAAAAUAUCACCUUGAGUUUGGUUUAACCGCUCAGUUUAGAGUUUGGACUUUUGGAGAUCCUUAUUUUGGUCAAGAACCCUGUACUCUUUGCCCAGUGGGACAUUCCUAGUUAUUUGUACUUUUGUUUUAAUUCCCCACAGGCAGAAUUAGUUUUAUUAUUCCCAACCUGUGGAUGGAAAGAUUUAUGUUUGUUGUUGUUGUAAAUAAACCUGAUCAUCAUUUUAACUUUUAAAUCCCGUGUUAUUGUCCCUUCCUUUUUGCACACGAGCCAAUCUCCCCAGGAAGAGUCGUAACACCACUCGCCUCACGCUCAUAAGUGACCAAAACAAAGCAGCAUGGACACACUCCGUCUCCAACCAGCUCUCAGGCAGCAGCCUGCACUCCCAAGUUCUACACGUCACCAGAACAUAACCAACCGCAACACAAUAAAAGCAGUGUUAUACAAAAUGCAAGGCCUGUAGAGUUUAUUCUCUUACAGUAACAAUUUAUCAAAUUUUUGAGAAAUUUAUCAGAGAUUUUUGGUUUUUAUUAACUGUGCAACAGAAAUAUAAUCAUUAGAUUAAUUGUUUAAAUAGUCAUUAGAAUAGUCGACUAUUCGAUUAAAUAAUUGUCAGAAUAAUCAUAUUAAAAAUAAUCGUUUACCCCAGCUCUAGUUCUACCAGCUGAAUUUAUCCUUCCUAAGGAUCUCAGGGCCCUGCUUGGUGUAUAUACCUGAAGGAGAUCCAACAUGUACUUUAGCCCCAUGAUAUGGAGUGAUUUAUGAACUAGUAGAAGCACUUUGAAAUGGAUUCUGUAGUUUACUGGUUAUGGUACAUGUUUAUUUUAACUUUUGAAUCUAACGACGAGGUUUUAGCAGCAUCUAACUGUUUAUCUGUAUUUUUGCUUUACUUUAGGUAGACUUGCAGCUACUCUGUGUCAUGACAAUAAAUGAGUCAGGGAGGAGAGUUGAUAGAUUCUACCACCUGUUUGUAGAUAUCCUCACCAGAUGGUGUUCGGGUGAAGACUGCCACUAGUAAUGGAUCACUGUUACACGUGCCCAUCUGUACUGCCUUAUGAACCCCUCAGAGCAGACAUAACCAUUUAAAAUGGAGCUCUUAACUGGGUGUUUAGGACACUUUCAGACUUGGAUGGUGGCACAUGAUUCAUUAAGGGCAUUGCUGGACGAAGAUCUUAGUGUUCUUGAAGUUGAACUUAAAGGGACAUUAUGGAAGUUUGACAGCCAGAACAUGUAUAGAAAUAAUAAAUGUCUUCUUCAUACAUUCUCCUGCAAUGCCCUGGUCCUGUAGAAUGAGCCCUGGCAUUUUUACUGUGAUUGCCUGUUUUUCUGUAAAAUCACAGAAAAAGAGAGAUGCUCGGGUCGAGCAGGCUGCUUCAUGCGCGUUCACGCUCAGGCAUAGCCCGUAGCAUUUGCUAUCAGUAGCUUUAGCAGUAGAGAGAGAGGCAGUGCCACUUUGUCGCUGUUCCUAAUGCCUAGUGAUGAACCUAGCUACAUUACCGAGGACCCUUAGCUACUUUCUGUAGAACUUUCUUCUAGAUAUUUCCUGCGAAUUUUCGCUCCGAGCCGUUCUUUGAACAUUGUUUCAGCUGUCAUCAAGGAUAUAAAUGUUACAGAUACACAGGACGUCACUGGCACUUUAGCUCACCUAGUAAGACAUCAGACUCUCGUGCAGGAGACCUGGGUUCGAUUCUGGAUGUGAACAAACGUUAUUUAGAGUUCCUUUUUUUACAUUAAUGGUAUAUUUUUUUUACAGUAAGAUGCCCAAAUUUUUAUUUGAGACUCACCGAACGGCAUUGAACUCACAGAUAAAAAAGAUGUGGGUUCAACUUUCAUUUUGGAACAAUUUUUCAAGCAAGGGAAGGGAAUGAUCUGAGCAUGCAGGAGGACUGACCCAUCUUAAACCUUUGUCGGCUGUGCUGAAGAGAAAGGUACAGAACCACAUAAUUAAUUAGCUAUGUGUUCUCCUGUCCUCUGCAAGCCCCCACAAAGCGGCUCAAAAAUUGAGGCCAGCCCGGAAGUACCAAAAAUUGCAGUUCCACCCUCAUCCGCUGGGGGCUGGUUUCAGAAGCGAGCAAAUCCUCAUUGACUCCCAUGUUAAAAAUACCAAUUUCACAGCAGAAAUAAACAUGUUUACAGCCUGGUACCAAAACAUGUUUUUUGUUUAAAUUAUCUAGUUUACACUCAUGACAACUCUGAGGGGGGUGAAUUUUUUUCUCUCUUCUGUUUAAGUAGAAUUUUGAAUUUUUUCUCUCUCUUCUAUUCUUACCCCCUACUUCACACUGGAAGCAUCAGCGGAGUGGAAUGGCAGCAGAGCGUCACUGCUUCAAAAGAAUCCAGUCCAUGGACUAUAGUCUAUGGGGGUGAUUGGAACCAGCAGAAUGGGCACACCAUGCUGCAAAAGAUAGGAUCAAGUUGUAUGUUUUUUUGCAAACCGCUUCUGAGACUCGACAAUUUCCGCAGUCAACAUAUGACUAGACAGGAAAUCACAUACAGUUUCAGUGUAAAACCCCUGGUAAUUUUCAAAAUAAAAGACUAUUGCAGCAAUGCAAUUCAUAUCUAUGUAGAUUAUGUCUAUAUAAGUGACCUAAUGGCUGAUUUACUCCCAGCAUUGUUCCAGAAGUGCAGCAGUGUGUUUUUCAUGGCUUGAAUCCUGGCAGUUGACAGGAACAACAUCAUAUGACAUCAAACAGUGAUAUCAAACUCAAUUCCCUUCAUUUUGCUUUAAUGGCGGAUGGCCAUAAACAAACUGUGACCUUUAAAGUCACGAGGGAUUUUGUGAUUUUGCAAAUCCAGCGAGGAGCACGGCAGAGAACGGCUGAGAUUCUCACAGUGAGUAAUGGCGCGCAGCAAAAGUCAUGAGUAAAAUGUUUCGCUGCCGUUCCACUCCGCCGAUGCUUUCAGCGUGAGGUAGGGGUUAGACAUUGUCCUUUUACUUUUAGGAGUUUGACCGUGUGCAGAGUAUUGGAGAAUUCAAAUAUCUUGUGCCAAUGAAACACAGCAGGUGAAACUAGAUUUUCUAAAGAAAUUAUGAUGUUUAAAGUACAAAAUCUAUAUUGAUUUGACAUGAAACUGAAUUUUAAUUACAAAUCGGCACAUUUUUGGUCAUCGCGACCAUGACAGAAGUUUUUUGACCUAACCUGUAUGUGUAAUUACACAUUGACCAGAUCCUUUCUCACUCCCUCCCAUCUGUCUUUUGGCCUGCAUUAAAAUCAAAGGAUCAGAGAAACCUCUCCACUCAACAAGUGAGUAAUUUUUCUACCACUUAAACAUUCUUCACAUUUGGCAGAAUGGCCCUUGAAGCCUCCAUGUCCCUAUUAGAUGUGGGAAUCUAAUUACAAAUAUCUGAUUUGAAGGGAGAAUGAGUUAACCUUUGCUUAAAUGCCACUGCAUAACAAUCUGUGAAUGGCAAGGAGGAGGACCGGGCCCGAGGCAUUUCUGCAGCAACAAAAAGAGUGACAGACAGUCGUCCAGCCUCAAGGGAACAAGCACAUGAAGCUCAGUUUUGCUUCACGCUCUGGAGAGAUUUAUUCCCCUUAUUGAAUGCAAAGUAUGUUGUAUUUUUAUAUAGAGGUGACUAUUUAGUAAUUAUACCACAAAAUUAGCUGAGAUUUAUUUAAACCUGCUUUAUGCUGCCAAUGCAAAUCAAAGUUUUAAUGUGAUUAGAUAUAAAACACAAGAAACAGGAGAUGCAUUGAAUUUGUUGUUGCUACAAAACAGACAUUCUGUAGGUUUUACAGGGUCUGUUGCUCAGGAUGAAAAACCGUCAUGCUGCUGCAGGGCUCUGCUGGACCUGUUUUUAUGAGUUAACUGCAGAGGCUGUUCAACCUGCAUUCUCUGGAAAAUCGAUCUGCAGAAAAAUGAAGAAAAGUACUCUGCUAAAUGUCAGUAUACAUGAAAUCAAUAUAUACUUGUUCCGCCGUGUAUUCCGGCCUCCCUCCCUCUCCGCCUGAUGUCCACUUAUAGAGACGGACCACUAAUGUAAUGGAAAAAGGCCUACUGAUUCGAAUAUGAUGUGAUGCUUUGUAGAUGGAAACGAGCAUCGUUCUGCUUUACAAGCUGGGGUCACAGGAGAUGAGAUGUUAAUACUGUUCCAGGGCUUUACGGCUGCUGCAUGUCGUGGUGUUGGCUCUGUAGGCACAUAUCGUUGUUUCAAGGAUUCUACGCUUGUGCGUCACGACUGCAUUCAUGCUAUUGUUCAUGAAUCUUACCUUGUUCCGUGUUUGUUGCACUUUAACUCCUUCAUUUUGUUUUAUUUUUUGUCCUCACAAGAAGAAUAUUUUUUCCCUUUCUGCGGAUGUUGGUAUGUAGAUCUCAUUUAACCUUCUUGUUCCAGUAUCUUACUUUCUGUAUAAUUUACAUCUUUGUUUAUCUGCAGAUUGUAGUUUAUUUUUUUUUAUCUUCUUGAAAUAUUUUAAAUGAGCAAUCAAAUUUUAAAGGUCAACUUCACUCAAAUAACCUUUUUUUUUUUAAUUAUUAGUUCUGAUUAUAAUCGGUCACUCUUGAGGUUUUUCUGCAAGCUAAACAUCAAACUGUCUCCUACACCUUGUGUAGGGUUGUGGGCGACGGUGGCACAGGAGUUAAGUGCUCGCCCCGUAAUCGGAAGGUUGCAGGUUCGAGCCCCGCUCAGUCUGUCGUUGUCGUUGUGUCCUUGGGCAAGACACUUAACCUACGUUGCCUGCUGGUGGUGGUCGGAGGGACCGGUGGCGCCAGUGCUCGGCAGCCUCGCCUCUGUCAGUGUGCCCCAGGGCAGCUGUGGCUACGUCGUAGCUCAUCCCCACCAGUGUGUGAAUGUGUGUGUGAAUGGGUGAAUGACUGAUUGUGUUGUAAAGCGCCUUGGGGGGUUCCAGGACUCUAGAAGGCGCUAUAUCAAAUACAGGCCAUUUACCAUUUACACCUACCUCCUGCGUUAGCUUCUGAUAGGAAAUAGAUGGUGAAACUCUAGGAUUUGAAAAGCCUGACAGAUCUACAUCACACCGUCACUUAAUAUUCGUUGACUCGUCCAUUUUGACUCACGACGAGGCUGUUUUCAGUUUAGCGUCCAGAAACAGCAGAGAAUGUCUAACUAGUAGAAGCUAACCAUUAGCAUUAGCAACUCCACCACAAGGCAGAACUCCUUCAGUCUUGUGUUAUUUGUGGAAAUAAAACAUCAACGUUGCAGAGCAAAUGAAGUGAGUGGUAGAGUUGUGUUACUGUUAGCCAAUCAGAGGUGAGAUGUCCAAAUAGCAGCAAAAAAUAGUCCAAAUCAGGUUGUGUUCUGCCACUUUUGGACUAACGGGUGCACCAGAGCUUUUUCCCCCAGAGUAUGAUUUACAAGGCAUUCAUUCCUACUAGAGACCACUGCAAACGUUUUAAAAGUAUUAGUAAAGUUGAGCUUUAAUGUCAGACUAUGUAACCUGAGUGAAUACAAAAUGUAUUUUUGAAUGACAAUUUGAUUUUUGAAGGUGGAUAUUGAGAGGGACAGCAGUAGCAUGGGGUAAUGGUCAGAAAUUCAACUGGAUCCUUAUUUAAAUAAAUGUUCCCGUGCAUGGCUCUAUAUCACACCAAACACAGUCAAACAUGGUGGUGGUAGUGUGAUGAUCUGCCGUUGCUUCAGUACCUGGACGAUGAUGAAACCAUGAUUUUUGCACUCUACCAGAAAAACCUGAAGUCUAUCCAAUCCUGCAAGGGAACAAUGGGACAAAAUUCCUCCACAGCAAUGUGAGAGACUCGUUGUUGCUGCCAACGGUGUUGCAACCAGUUAUUAAGUUUAGAAGUCAGCUGCAUCCUCACGUUGGGCUGGGUUGGUUUAAAUAUCUUUAUUCCUGUAAUAAAUUAAAUAAAUAGAAAAAUGCAUUUUCUAGCUACUCAAGUUAUCUUUGUCCGAUGUUGAUAUGUGCUGAUUUUAAACGUUUAAGUGUGGAAAAAAGAAAGAAAAAAAAAAAGAAGUAAUGUGUAAUGGAGCAAAUACUUGUCCACAGCACUCAAUAGUUAUAGAAGUUAUGUUUAUAAAAUAAAUAAACAACAUGGAUCCUGGUUUCUGUAGUUUUAUCUUUUAGACAAUUUAAACCAAAACAUUUUCUGCUUGUCAGCUUGGCCCUCAAACACUCUCAAAGCAACCCAAUUUCGCCAAAUAGACCAUUCCAUCUCCGUUUUCCCACAGCCUGUUUCCUCAAACGUCUCGCGCUUGCGGCGGGUGUAGCCGAAGGUGCCGCCUCGCAGGGGCUACGCGGUGGUUUGACUUUUGGCAGGAGUUGAGAAGCUGCUGACGCGUUUGUUGGGCAGGAUGUGUGCAAGACGCAGUGCUGGAUCCUGUUUUUCAGACCGCAGCAACUGGAGCCAUGGUGUUUUAAUGCAAAACACACACCGACUCAACCUUAAGUGUGCUAACCCCUAAACCUCGACUCAUAACAUCCUUCAGUCACACGACGCACACGCCCAAAUUAAACGUGUGCACGCAAAGCCACUCACGCACAUGCAAACACGUAGAAAACCUUGACUGAUUCAGACAUUCUAACGCUCCUCUUCUGCCAGAAUCUGCAAAUGUGAAAACAUUACUCAACAGCAUCCUGCUUGACAGGUUCCUUUAGGCAAACAUGCUUUGAUAGAACCCCUGCAUGUUUCUCUUGCCAGUCAUGCAUCAGCUGCAUGUUUUACAUGGGCAUACAAGUGCGGGGGGGCAAAUAAAGGGCGUUUGUGGCGAGCAGGCAUGCAGGUUCUGGAACCGGACAAGUUUAACGAAACCAGCUGACAAACCGAGCGAUGUUCGUCUUCCUUGCAUCACAGUGACGACGCAGACAUUCUGCUUCACAACGCUUUUAUGCUAAUCGUGCAGAUCUGUUUGUCUGAAUGAAGCCUUAAGAGGAUCAACUGGUUUAGCUUACUGAGUACUACAGGCACACCUAUUACAGAGUCAGGGCAUCCCACUAGGUGGAGGGAGGGAGGAGGGAAGGGGAGAAAGACAAUCUGCAGCAAGACAGAGAGCAAGGGAGAAACUGAAGAGACGCUUUGCUGUUUUCCUUUUUCCUUUUCUCUUUCCCUUCCCUUCCGUCUUCUUUAUCUCCCUCACUGGGAGGAGGAAGAGGCAGACACAAAACAAGAGAGACAAAAGGAGGCAGAGCGGAGAGAAGGAAGCGAGCCUGUGAGUGACUCUGUGUGUAACAUGCUCUGUCAUGCUGGUGUGACUGCCGCUGCCGCUCCGACCAGCGUCACUGGCUUUCAGGAAAAAGGAAUGUUUACCAGACAAAUGACUCCCUGAACCGGUUCACCAUGUGGAUGUGGGACAGCAAUUUCCAAACCUUGGCAGGAAGAAUCCCACGGAAAAAAGAGCAGCGGCGGGAGAGCUUGGCUGGUCCUGCUGGGUGGCCGCCUGCGUGUUGGCACCGCUGACAUCGACUUCCAUCAACUUUUUUAAAUCUUUUUGUUUUCCGUCACAUUCAUUGGACAUGUUCUCUGUUCUUUUCGGAACUCGUGGGCUUGUCCGGUGCUGCGUUGUUUGAGUUUUUUUAAAGUGCCUUUUUAAGGAAAACUUUUUGAAGCGAUGCCCCAGGAUCAAGAAACUGGACGUUCUUAGCUUGAGGACUGGUCUAAAUGUACACAACGCAGCCAAGGAGUUUGCUAUGGAACCGUGGGGCCUGCAGACCCCGUGGAGCAGCAUCUGCUCAUAGAUAGCUAGAGUUAAUACAUAAGGGUGCUGAAAAGAGGUUGACAUUAGGGGGAUCAGUCCAGCCAAAGCUUCAACAUGAAGCCUGGACAGUCCCAUGGCGUUCCCUGUGAUAGCUCCAUGAUGCCCCUCAGCCACUUUCCCAUCAGACGGCACUCCUGGAUUUGUUUCGAUGUGGACAAUGGCACGUCAUCAGGUCGAAGCCCCCUUGAUCCGAUGGCCAGUCCGGGCUCGGGCCUCAUCCUGCAGGCCAAUUUCGUCCACAGCCAACGGAGAGAGUCGUUCCUCUACCGCUCGGACAGUGACUACGACCUCUCCCCCAAGUCCAUGUCUAGAAACUCCUCCAUAGCCAGCGACAUCCAUGGUGACGAUAUGAUUGUAACACCAUUUGCACAGGUUCUUGCAAGUUUAAGAACCGUCCGAAACAACUUUGGUGCAUUAACUAAUCUACAGCAAGACAGAACAUCCAAUAAGAGAUCACCCAUGUGUAACCCACCACCCAUCACCAAAACCACCUUCACAGAGGAGGCCUACCAGAAACUGGCCACUGAGACCCUGGAGGAGCUGGACUGGUGCCUGGACCAGCUGGAGACGCUGCAGACGAGACACUCGGUCAGCGAGAUGGCCUCGAACAAGUUUAAGAGGAUGUUGAAUCGGGAGCUGACUCACCUCUCAGAGAUGAGUCGCUCUGGAAACCAGGUGUCUGAGUUCAUCUCCAACACAUUUCUGGACAAGCAACAUGAAGUAGAGAUGCCCUCUCCGCAGACGCAAAAGGAAAAAGAGAAAAAGAACAAGCCCAUGUCUCAGAUCAGUGGGGUGAAAAAGCUGCAACACUCAUCCAGCCUCACUAACUCCAACAUCCCUCGCUUCGGCGUGAAGACCGAGACCGAGGAUGAACUGGCUAAGGAGCUGGAACACGUGAAUAAAUGGGGCCUUAACGUCUUUAAAAUCUCAGAGUUCUCUGGGAGUCGGCCACUGACAGUCAUGAUGCACACAAUAUUUCAGGAGAGAGACUUGUUGAAAACAUUUAAAAUUCCACUCGACACCUUUAUAACGUACCUGAUGACCUUAGAAGACCAUUAUCACAGCGAUGUGGCCUACCACAACAACAUUCAUGCUGCUGACGUCACACAGUCAACUCACGUGCUGCUAUCCACCCCCGCCCUCGAGGCUGUGUUCACGGACCUUGAGAUCCUAGCUGCCAUCUUUGCCAGUGCAAUUCACGACGUGGACCAUCCAGGAGUCUCGAACCAGUUCCUCAUCAACACCAAUUCUGAGCUAGCCUUGAUGUACAAUGACUCAUCAGUGUUGGAAAACCACCAUUUAGCAGUUGGUUUCAAGCUACUACAAGAGGAGAACUGUGACAUCUUCCAAAACCUGACCAAAAAACAACGACAAUCACUGCGAAAGAUGGUCAUUGACAUCGUGCUAGCAACGGACAUGUCAAAACACAUGAAUCUGCUGGCUGAUCUGAAAACCAUGGUGGAAACGAAGAAAGUCACCAGCUCUGGUGUGCUGCUGCUGGACAACUACUCCGACAGGAUACAGGUUCUCCAGAACAUGGUUCACUGUGCAGACCUGAGCAACCCUACAAAGCCUCUACAGCUGUACAGACAGUGGACAGACCGCAUCAUGGAGGAGUUUUUCAGCCAAGGUGAUCGAGAAAGGGAAAGGGGCAUGGAGAUCAGCCCCAUGUGUGACAAACACAACGCCUCAGUGGAAAAGAACCAGGUUGGCUUUAUAGACUAUAUCGUCCACCCUCUGUGGGAGACGUGGGCUGACCUGGUUCACCCGGAUGCCCAGGACAUCCUGGACACGCUAGAAGACAACAGGGAGUGGUACCAAAGCACUAUCCCCCAAAGUCCAUCUCCUUCUUUGGACGAGCCGCAGGAUGGCACUCGACCCCCUGGCGGGGACAAGUUCCAAUUUGAGCUCACUCUGGAGGAGGACGGGGAGUCGGACACUGAGAAAGACAGUGGCAGCCAGCCAGAGGAAGAGGAGGAGGAGGAGGAGGAAGAGGAAAACAGCUGUACGGACUCUAAAACCCUCUGCACGCAGGACUCUGAAUCUACAGAGAUUCCUUUGGAUGAACAGGUGGGGGAGGACGACGACGACGAAGAAGAGGAGGUGAUAGAGGUGGGGGAAACCCCCUGCUCACAGCCGUGUGUCGUAGAGGAAGAUGUGGUGGAGGAGGGGGAGGAAGAGGAGGAGACAUGUCCCGACACAUAGCAGUUAUGGACAGCACGUGAUUAGCUGCUCUUCUUAGUAAUGACAGAUUAUUAUUUAUAGAAUAUUUUUGGGGGGUUUUGUGAACUCUGUGUUUUUUAUACGUUAAUGUUUCUGGUUCCAAAGCGUGCGCUGCUCUUCACCUUUUGGCCACUCCUCUCGUCAGCUUUAUGUAGACAUGCCCAUCGGUACUACUUCAAAUUUUUUUGCACUCAGGAAAACUCCUUUUUCAUUCCCAUUUGUACUGACGUGGUGUGUCUUUCUCCCUCGCGGACUUCUGUCAUUUAUAACCUCGAGUUUAGGACGCGGACGCGCAGUUUCCGUCCGCUCUGUGCUGCUCGUAGACGGCAUCCCUCUCCGCCUUUCUGCUUUGUCUCAGCCUUGCCAGAACGUUCGGUGAUGUCUUUAUGUUCUAAUAAGUGCCGAUAACUCUAAAGACACAGUUAUUGGUGAGGAUCUCCCUGUUGGUUUGCUCAUAUUCUCCCGCUAGGAUUUAGGAAGCGUGUUGACGCUGCAAAUGCAGCACAACAUGGGAAUUUUUGAUGUGGACGUCUUCCUUGAAAACAUGACUGACGAAAAGCUUCAAUCUGAAAAGCUACCAUGCUGUCCUACACCUCUUUUGUCCUUUUUUUUUUUGGUACUGUAUUUCUAGACUUUUACUUUUGCAAACUAACAUUUUCUUUUAGUUAAAAGGAAAAAAAAAGAGAGAAAACAUUUGGAGACCAACAAGGAGAAGAUGGGUGUUCAGAUAUUUUUGCACUUGCUCCAAUAGCAUUAACUCUACUAUACCCAUACCACUACACUCUAAACCAGUCCUGUAGCAUAACCAACAUUUGUUUUAGAGCUUUCUCUAAGAUGGUAGAUGAAACUUGUGGCUUUUUGUUUUGCUGUCGCUGGAAUCGUUCACGAACGAAGCCCUUAAGUUAUCGUUGCCUGUAGUUCUUUUGAAGACACUCCGCGACAGUGCAUUGCUUUGUAGUAACAGUACAAAAAGCACAUUUUAGAGGUUUAAUUAGCUCUCCACGUGUUUGGAAAUAGCUUUGAUGUAAAAAUGGUUUACCCCUUCUUUCCACUGGACGUGAAAGCGUCACGAAAAUGCUGCAAAACGUGUCACGCUGAAAUUAGCCGUCGUUAUAGUGGACAGGGUCCUUUCCAUCGGCAGCUACGUGUAACGUUCUGGAUGCGACUCAGAAGGGAAGGGAUGUUAUCAUCAUGUCACAAGUCUGUUUUUAUGCACUACGCUUCCAAAACACAUCAAACUCCGCAGUUUAGAUUGAGCCUGGCAGGAAUGGUAAAUGGUCUGUAUUUGUAUCGCACCUUCUAAAGCUUGGUUUAUGCUUCAUUUACUUUCCGCUUGGUGAGGCGGCUCGCGGAUGGAACGCGCUUCACAACUCGCAGCGUUUAUGGUUCACGCGGCUUGUCUCUGCGGUGAGCCAAAUUCUCCCAAACUGUAGGGGGCAGCAUGGAGCUCUACGGCAUGCAUCCAACACUACACCAUAGUAGAAGUAAAAAUUACUGUUUACAACACGGCAUUCCAGCAUUUUUAACAGCAUCCUCGUCUUUUCCGACAGUGCGAGCUAUUUCUCUCCAAGAAUUAUUAACAACAUGAUGAUCACGGCGAUCUUUGAGAGCUGAAUCAUACAAAUGUCUGUAUUUACGAACCUCUGCCAUACUAGUUCUUGCCAGUCCACCAUGUUUUUCCAUGUCCGACCGUCCGCGUGGUUGGAAAAUUUCCUAGGUGUGCGGUGCGGAAAUUUUGGGCCGUGCGGAGGCGCGGUGGAGGGGUGUGGUUGUUAAAAUGACGCAAUUUCGCCGUGCGGACCUCGCGGACCAAGCAUAAACCAACCUUUAGGGUUCUACGACCCCCAAGGCGCUUUACAACACAAUCAGUGACCCACCCAUUCACACACACAUUAACACGCUGGUGGUGAUGAGCUACGAUGUAGCCACAGCUGCCCUGGUGCGCACUGACAGAGGUGAGGCCUGCCAUACACUGGUGCCACCAGUCCCUCAGAGUGUCUUGCCCAAGGACACAACAGCAGCAUUCUCUGGUGGGAGCCGGGAUCGAACCUACAACCUACCGAUUACUGGACAACCCGCUGUACCUCCUGAGCUACUGUUGUCCCAAAGGAAGUCAAACACCCAAUCAGUGUAAAACACCCGGAGACUUUCAGAAUAAAAGUCACGCGCAGUAGUCACAUGUAUUUCCAGUGAAUCUUCUGCAGCUGAUGUAAAGAGAACAGAAGCCUUUCUGGAUGCACGCAGCUGUUAUUCUCCCUGCUUGUUAUUGUGUGGACUUCUGAAAUCACGUGUUGUCUUGCAAUUCCACAUGACUUUGUGACCUCACGGGAUCAGCUGUUUGGAACGCUUUCGCUCCCGUUUCAUGUCAGAAUCGCCCCUGGUUGGGAAUGAGCUCAUGGGUAACACACAGCUUUACAAUGCUUUCACGUCCAGCGUAAAGAAGGGUUAGGGUUGAUUUUAUAACAACUUUCCGUCACUCAUUUAGCUGAAUUUAACUUUUCCAUCCAUCCAUCCAUCCAUUUUCUGAACCCGCUUGUCCUCGUGGUCAACGGGCAGUCAGGCGGGGUACACCCUGGACAGAGUGCCAGUCCAUCACAGAGAGACACACAGGACAAACAAUCAUGCACACACACACACUCACACCUAGGGACAAUUUAGACAGACCAAUUAACCUAACAGUCAUGUUUUCGGACUGUGGGAGGAAGCCGGAGUACCCGGAGAGAACCCACGCAUGCACAGGGAGAACAUGCAAACUCCAUGCAGAAAGAUCCCAGACCAGGAAGCGAACCCAGGACCUUCUCGCUGCAAGGCAACAGCUCUAACCACUGCGCCACCGUGCAGCCGAACUUAACUUAUUUCUAUCGUAUUUAUAUUCAUUUACCCAUUCUACCAUAUACUCUAGUUCAUUGUCUUUGUUUUCAACAAGACAAUCAGCUCCAGAGCGUAGUUCUCACUAAGGCGUGGAUACUCUUAAUGCACUUAUUUAAUCAUUAAACACAUUAAAAAAUCAUAUUUUUUCCCACUCAUUCUUAAACACGGUCAUAAGCAUUAGGCAUAAAAAUAGUUUUUCAUAAUUUACACCUUCAUCACUUAAACCUGAUGUUAUUACUUAUUGGUAUAUUUUUCUAUAUGUUGUUUUGUAACAUAAAGGUGGUACAGUUAAGAUUUCAUAGACCACAUAACAGGCUUGCCAGUUAGAAAUAACCUCGAAUUACUUUUAUCCCCCUGUACAUAAUAUAUUUUAGAAUAAAAAUCUACUAAUGUAAAAAAAAAACUUGAAAUACUGCACACAGCUUUUUAAAGAGUUCUUGUUUUAAAUAUAUGCCAUUUUAAUUUAACUUUCAAUUUGUGCCAAUACUUUUUUUUCCAUCCUCACCCAAUGCCCUUACCUGUAAUAACAAGAAAGAAAAUCCUGUUUUUUGUUUUGCUGUUUACAAGCAUAUAUUUAUUGUGCUGUACAUAAUAUAUAAUUCUUAAUGUUACUAUCAUAAUGCAGUUUGCUGUAAAUGGUUCAUUCUUAUCAUCCCUUUUGGUGAUGGCGUGGCUGUAUUAUGUACCUCUUGUUGAGAUAAUGUUUAUUACACAGGAGCGUCGGUGUAAAAACGAUCUGUCAACCUGUUGCUUAGCUGAGAACUAGCUCAGAGGGGAGAGAGGGAAAGCCAAAAUGUUAAUUUUUUUAAGACGCUGUUCCUUGGCCCAUGGGCUGUGCCUUAAAUUCAAUACAUCAUUUAUUUUAGCCUUUUUUUAAUUGAUAUUCUCUAGUUCUCCUCUGCUGCAUUGGUGAAUCUUUUGUCCUGGGGUGGCCUGACAUCACCUGAAGAAGAGUUGCCUUUUCAUUCUCACAGCCAAACAGAAAUGGGUGCAGAGGUCUUCGGAAGGUUCGGGUCAACCACAAGUCAAAGAUUUACCACACGAGUGAUUGCGGCCUACACCCGAAUGUCCAAGAGCUGUAGUUGCUGGUGACUUGGUCUGACAUCACUCACACUUUUUACUCCACGCUCAAAAUGCUCUUGACACGUGAGCGAUUGGUCUAGAUUUGUUCUGACCGCCGCUCCAAACACAGAAUCUUGGUGCAGCAGUGGAAUGUGUGUGUUUGGUUGCUCGGCCAUGGCCCCUACGAAGCACAGAGGCUUUGAGACACGCCUGCAUGUUCAGCCACUGCUGCAUUAAUUACGGCUGAAACACUGACGGCGUGUUGCUCAUCUAUGCUCGGCCCACGUGCUCACUCGCAUUACCUGCAAUAUCCUAAAACCACUCGCAUGUUUCUGCUGGGACAGAGGAGGGGUUUGGUGUAUUUCUGUACUGAUUGGGGGGUGGACUGCAUCAUUGUCCUGAAACCAGGACUCUUAUUUUGACACACAUACUGUAGAUUUGAAACAGCCCUGGACCAAUGGAAAUAGUGGGUUCUUUUUCCAUUAUCUGUUCUAUUUUUUACGGUUUGAAAGGAAAAACUGUAACUUUAGAGAAAACACGAUCCAAACAAAAAAAAAAGGACUUCAGGACUAUUGUUUUUGAGGGUUUUUGUCUUUAGAAUGCCAACUUGUCUGGACGUUUCACAGGACAAUUAAAAUGUUAUUUUACUGGAUUCCUUGUCAAUCACAGUCUAUUGGAUAGCACUGUAGAUCAUACGACUUUAUCUAAAAAAACAAUAAAAUGAAUUUAAAAAGUU